UUGGUUUUGCUGACUGCUUUUCUUUCCUCCUUUUAUUUUUUUAUUUUUUCUUGGAAAAUAAAGCACAAAAGAAUUGUCAAUGGUUCAUUACUUCAUAAAGAGAAACACUUUCUGCUACUAUUUCCUCUUAACACUCAAACAAAAAAAAAAAAAAAAAAAAUAAUGAUGUAUGAAAUUUGGUACCUUUAACAAGGGUUGAGAUAAAGGGGAAAAAAACAUGGGUUGAGAUGGUAAAAAUUGAAAUGUGAUGGGCUAUAAGAAGUUUAAUUCUCAUCUGGAAAUGCAUAGUAACCAUCACAAAUAGUAGGAAUCUUGCUUAUUUAUCUAAACUUAGUUAUAAACAACACUGUUUGUUCUAGAUGGAUCUAUUGAAAAAAAAAAUACUUGAUUUACCCUUAAUUUCUAUAACUUAAGAUUUUAGAUCAGUUGGUUAUUGACAUGUUUCCAAAGCAGGCAAGAUAGUGUGCACAAAUCUUCCUAACUACCUGUUGAUUAUAAUAGAAGCACAUGAAUGCAACUGUUGAUGAUGUAAAUAAGUCAUUCAAUAAGUGCUUUAGAGGAGUUUGUUGCUAAUAUAGUAUCAAACCCCAUAGGUUUUGUGUUUAAAAUAACCAUUAUUAGAUACAACACAUUCCCAUGAACAUUCCAUUUUUGAGGAGCCACACACGAGGGGGAGUAUUAUUGAAAUAAAUAAACGAAGGUCACUGUAGGUGCAAAAUUUCGCUCAACCAAUAAUGAUUAAGAAAAAUAAAACAACUCACUCAAUCAAUAGUAAAAUAAACAAGAACAAUAUAUCUCGAAGCGUAGAAUUGCUUGAUCUCUUUAUUGGAAGUCUUAGCCUCUAUUUAUAUACAAAAGAUUGUAAAAUUAUGGUAGGACUCGCGUUGCUUGCCCUCCAAUUCUUUCUAUAUAAACAUUCUUUACUAAUAGAGUUCUUUCCAUUGUCUAAUUUUCUAUACAUAGAACUUGCCUUGUACAGAACUUCCUAUCUCAGAAUUUUCCUUCUACGGUAAAUCUUUCAACUGGUAGGACUUGUGCAUUCUUGAAUAACUGGGCUGAACAUAUUUUGAUCUGGCUGGGCUUGAGUAACGGACCGGAUGUUAAAUAUUAACAAGUUGGGCUGAUGACCUCUUGAUUCGGCCUUGAUGGAGGUUGGAGGACAAAUAAUAACGGUCUUGGGCUAUAAAUACCCUCAAUUUGGGCUUGAGCAUGAUGGGCCUUAUAUGUCCUUGGAAUGUAGAUAUGUGUAGUGAUGACGUGUGCGCUUUUUAUUGGAGAAACGGUUCGAGGUCUUUCUUUAUUACUCCGUCAUACAAGAUUUUGCAAGAGUUACAUUUGCCCUUGCUGCACUUCUGCACUCUUCAUUCCAUCGCUUUGUCAGGUUAGUUUUUUUUCGCAUCUUUCUCUUCAAUCUUUCAUUAUGAGUACUUCAUCUACUCCCGAACGUAUAGACAUUGGGGAUUCUGAAUCCACACCUUCAUCUUCCCCCGUUCGCAUUAGGGCUCCCCUUCCUAGGGUUUCUACAGAUCGUGUUUCGUCGAAUCCAUUAGGUAUUUCCCCCCUUCCAGCCGAGACAUCCACCUCAGGCUCUGAUUAUGUUCUUACUCAUGAAGAGAGGAAAGCAAUCAUCUUUAUUCGCCGCAUCAAGUUCUCUAUUGCUUCGGUAAUGGAAGAAUUUGAUAUUCCUGAGGGAGUAGAAAUUGCAGAAUAUCCCGAGGGUGCCGAUUUUACCUCCGGCGAGGGAAUUAAAGAGAGUGAAUUGCUUCUUUCGGUAGGGCAUCUUAACGCCCUCCGAUUCCCUCUUCAUCCCUUCUAUCAUUUAGUUUUCAACAAGUUAGGUCUUGUCCCCCUUCAGGUAAAUCCUAAUUUCUUUCGCAUCCUUUCGGCACUGUUGGUGCGCCGGAAAUUAGAGGCUUUGGAUUUGACCCUUGCCGACCUUCUGCUUACUUACAAUAUAUCUAAGCAUGGGACCGAGCCUGGUCGCUUCUUUUUUACCUCUCCCCUUCAUCAGAGGAUAUGCACGAACCUUCCUUCAUCCGAAAAGAAGUGGAAAGAAAGGAUGGUUAUAGUUAAAGGAAAAUGGUUCGUGCCCCAAUCAAUUACGCUCCCCAUCCCGCGCAAGUUCGGAAAAUUAGGUAUAGAAUACUUAACCUCCCUUUAUACCAAGUGUUCUGGCUGUUUUCCUUGCCAAGUCUUAAUGUUUCGCCGUACUUAUGAGUUUCUUGGUGUUUUUUUAGUUACAUUCCCAUCCUCCGCAGCAAGGAACAGACUUUCUUUUCUUGAGGAACGAGUCUGGAGUGACCCCUCGCCUAUCGAGGACCUGCUAACUUCUUCAAACCUCAAGGAUAUUGCCUCCAGUGCUGUUGCUGUAGACCUCAUGGAUCUGUCUCUACAAUCCUUUGACAGUUUCCCCAUAACUGAGGAGGAGAUACGGAGGGCUGAGGCUUUAAAAAAGAAAGCCGAAGAUGCCCAACCCUUAGUCGUUAUUAGAUCUACUGAGGAUGAGGUGGAGGUUGAGGAACCACCAAUAAAGAAAUCUCGCCUCAACCCCCCAUCCUCUGGCAAGGGCAAGGUCCCUUCUAAAAGCAGAGGGAAAAAGGCUGGAGAGGCCGAACCUGAAGAUGAAGUCAGGGCCUUUGUUCUGGCUGAGACUGGGGCUCCUUGGACUCCUUCAUUCUCCAGGGUUGAUAAGUCAGUCCUGCACUCAGGGGAUUCUGUGAUUACAGACCCUUCAGCUGCACUGGCGGUGGCUCGAGGGAUGUGGCUCCCAAAGGACGAGGAAGCCAUCAGCCAAAUGGGGUUGGAACAACUACUCCCCUCUGCCCCGGUCCGGGCCAUAGAGGUUCGCAUUGCUCCUUCAGAAUUAUGUUACUCUUACUUGCUUAUGUUUCCAUUUAUGCUCAUAUUUGUUCCUCUGUUAUACAAAGUCUAUACCACACCAUGGCCCUCUGCGCCACUGCUGAAGCCCAAUCCCUCUCCAUCAAGAAGUUGGAAACGGAUCUUGACAAGGCAGAGAAGAGAGCCACCACUGCCUCUACCAAUCUGAAGAUAGCUUCUGAAGCCAAGGAUGCGUAUAAGAGGCAGUUGGCAGCCUCUGAGGCUAAGGUGGAUUCUCUUCAGGCCGAAGUUCAACGCCUGACUGAGGCUCUUACUACUUGCUUCAAGGCGGGGAAGCAAAUGCAGGGGCGCUACUCCUGUCUGGCACACCUGGCUAGUGCUAAAGUGUUCCGGUUUGGCUAUAGUCAGGGCUCAGGCCCUAGGACGAUGGAUCCGGACGCUUUUGACAAGCAGGUGGGGGUGCACUUCCCAUAUGAUGAAGGGCCAGAGGCUUUGGAAGCUGAAAUCCGCUUUGCCGAGAUGGUGAAGGCGCACCUGAAGGGUACUCCUAGCUCUUCUGCCCCUGCGGCUUCAAUUCCUCCUACCCCAAGUCCUACUGUAGUGGAUGCCUUUGAAUCUACUCCCUUCGAUCCGAAGAGGAAGUAGAACCAUGUAUUUUGUUUUUAUGGACAGCAUGUUUGGGGAUAAUGAAUAUAAUUUUUUGUUUUAGGCUUUCAAUACCUGAUUUGUUUUUGCUGUAUGCUUUUGAUAUUGUUCAUAUUUUUCUGACUGGUAAUGUGUUUAAACAAAACACAUUGUCUUUAUGCUUCGGAUUUAUGCUAUCCGAGAAAAAACAAGAAUGGUGGGAAGAAGGAGAUCCUUUUAACAGUUUAGUUGAUAUCUCAGGAUGAUUCAUAUGGACAAUGAAUUCACUGUUAAGUGAACUCUCCUUGCCUUUUACUUGCCUGCAGUAGACGUAUACAUACUCUUUCCUUCUCGUGUGUUCCUGAUGUGGGGUGGAUCAUGAUGAACUUAUGAUAUAUCCACAUCCACAGGGUGUUAAACACUUGGAUUCCGGAGGAAAGAGUUCUGAUCCGGGCACCAGAGGUCUGAAGCGAAUUAUUCCUCGGCACUGAGUGUGGAGGAAUAUUAUUGAAUAGGACACUUAGGGUCCGAAGCUGUCUUGGAUACUUAGGAUUCGAGGCGGAUUGUUCCUCGGCACUGAGUCGUGGAGGAAUAGUGCUGAACAGGACACUUAGGGUCCGAAGCUGUCCUGGACACUUAGGAUCCGAGGCGAAUUAAACACUCCCUGGCGCGGAGCCGGAGGGGAGGUUUUGCCGAGCCGGACACUUAGGGUCCGGAGCGAGAUUUUUGCUGAGCCGAACACUUAGGGUUCGAGGCGAGAUUUUUGCCGAGCCGAACACUUAGGGUCCGAGGCGAGAUUUUUGCCGAGCCGAACACCUAGGGUCCGAGGCGAAUGAUCUAUUCCCCGGCGCUGAGCCUGAGGGAAGUUUAAAUGAAUUAUUCCCCGGCGCUGAGCCUGAGGGGAGGUUUUGCCGAACCGGACACUUAGGGUCCGAGGCGAAUGAAUUACUCCCCGGCGCUGAGCCUGAGGGGAGGUUAAAUGAAUUACUCCCCGGCGCUGAGCCUGAGGGGAGGUUUUGCCGAACCGGACACUUAGGGUCCGAAGUGAAUGAACUACUCCCCGGCGCUGAGCCUGAGGGGGAAGUUUGUUCAUAUCUUUUCUCAAACAACUUAUUAUGAGGCCGAGGAUUCAAAAAUGAUAAGAGGCCAAGAAAGCGAGUAACAGUGGCUGUGAAGUUUCCUAUUUGUUGACUUUGGAGACUUUCCUCCUCCACUGAUACUUCCUUCUUGGCAACCAAAUGUUGUGAACCACGUAUAUAUGAACCGUAUUUCUUUUCUAUUUCUAUCCGAUGUGGGAUAUAGACUAAAUUUUGUCAAAAAGGUCGGUGUAAGGAAUGCCUCUGGUAUCGAGCUUGACAGCCUUAAAUACCAGUGGGCCCUCCUUACACCGUAAUUAACUAUUUGAAUAUUCCCAUAUAUAACAGAAUGUAGCACAUACUUUUUUGUCGAUGUGGGAUAGAAAGUUUUAAGCACAGGCCAUAACUCAUGUUUUUUGUGUGUUUUUUUUUUAAAAAAAAAAAUCAUUGUGACGAAUGCUUUUUAGCAGCUUGCUUCUAAUUGCAUAAAAAUUGCAUAGUGCGACUUGACAUGCAUAAAAAUUGCCUAAUGCGAUGCAUGCAUAAAAGUUGCAUAAUCAUAGAGUAGUAUGGCCCCCCAUUUUUAUAAAAAGAAACAAAAAUAGAGGAGAGUUGUACUGAAUAUAGAAGCAAAAUAAAGAAAAGUUUGGCUGACUGUGGACAUACUCAGCCUUAUUUGUGAAGAAUUUGUAGCAAAAUUGACAAACUUAACUAAUGGAAAUACCUUUUCAGGUGUAUUGCGUUCCAAGGACGCGCAAUGGGACGUCCGCCAGCUUCGGCCAAACGAUAUGCUCCUUUCCCCACUACUUCGGUAACCCUGUAGGGUCCGGUCCAAUUAGGUUCCAGUUUCUUUACAUGAGCUGUCUCCUGCUUCAAAACCCAAUCGCCUACCACAAAGCUCCUGAAUCUGACGCGUUUGUUAAAACUGUUACACACCUGCUGUUGGUAUGCCGCGAGCCGAAUUGCUGCUGCAUCUCUCCUUUCGUCCACAAGAUCAAGGCUAUGUUCGAGUUGUUGCUCAUUGUUCCCUUCCAGUACCAAGGAUGUUCGAAGGGUUGGGAUUAUGGACUCGGUAGGAAUGACAGCUUUGGAUCCAUAUGCCAUAGCAAAUGGGCUUUCUCCCGUGGGUCGUCUUGGAGUGGUUCGAUAGGCCCAGAGCACUUGAGGGAGAUUCUCGUACCACUUUGUCUUCAAUUUCUCUAAUUUUUUCUUCAAGCACCCGAAUAUCGUGCGAUUAGUUAUUUCAGCUUGCCCAUUGCCUUGUGGAUGACUAACUACAGCCAAUUUUUGCAGGAUUGCGUGUUCGCUAAAGAACUUUCUUGUACUUCUGUUAUCGAGGUUCUUACCAUUGUCCAUUACGAUGACUUUUGGUACCCCAAACCGGUAAAUAAUGUUGCUCCAAAUGAAAUGCUUUACUUCUUCGUGGGUGACGCUAGAGAAGGCUUCAGCUUCCACCCACUUGGUGAAGUAAUCCGUAGCCAGAAGCACAUGCUCCUUUUUUUCCAUGGUUUUGGGUAACGGUCCUACUAUAUCAAUCCCCCAUUGGGCGAACGGCCAUGGAUUAGCCAUGGCGUGCAAACCUUCGGCAGGUUGAUGCUUUAUUGGACCAUGGCGCUGACACUUGUCACAUCUUCUUGAGUAUUCCUCGGCAUUCCGAGCCAGGUAUGGCCAAAAAUAACCUUGGGUUAGAAUUUUGUGUGCAAGGGAUCUUCCUCCCGAGUGUUUUCCACAAUCUCCUUCAUGAAUUUGUUUUAGAAUUGUGAGAGCCUCAGUAGGGGUUAAACACUUGAGAUAAGGACCGGAGAAUGACCUUCGGUACAACUGGUUAUUGAUGAUUGAGUACUUAGCCGCGGUAAGCCUAAGCUUCCUUGCCUCAGCUUUUUGAUUUGGGAGAACUCCUUCCUUGAGGUAGGCCUCGAUUGGAUCAAUCCAGCAGGGCUCGCGUGAAACUUCCGGGAUCACCAUCACCUCUUGCCGGGGAUUAAUGCUGGGUUCUUCGAGAACAUCGAUUGGAACAAGCCGAAUCAACUCUUCGUCUGAAGAUGAUGCGGCUGCGGCCAAUUGAUUUGCUUCGGCAUUUUCAUCUCGUGGUACCUGAUGGAACUCGAUUUGAUCGAACUCCCGGAUAGCACUCUCUACAGCAUCUUUGUAUGACUUCAUACGUUCCUCCUUGGGAGAAUAGUGCCCUGUCACUUGAUUGAUCACAAGCUGUGAGUCACUAAAAACUUUUAAACAUCGUACCUGUAGCUGUUUAGCUAGCCGAAGUCCGGCGAGCAACGCCUCAUACUCGGCCUCGUUAUUAGUAGCUGGGAAAUCUAGCAAAAUUGACUGCUGCAGCUUGGUACCCUCGGGUGUUGUGAUGUCAAUCCCGGCCCCUGCCCUUUUCUGGUUGGAAGAGCCAUCAACCCGUAACUCCCAGUACGGCUCUUGAAGUGUCAGUUCCUCAGGUUGAUCUUCAUACUCUAGUAGGAAAUCCGCUACUGACUGCCCCUUGUGAGAUACCUUCGGUGCAUAGGUGAUGUCAAAAAAGCUAAGUUCAAUAGCCCAUUUUGUAAUUCGACCAGGCAAGUCUGGUUUAGCUAGGAUAGCCCGUAUAGGGUGAUUUGUAAGUACCACUAUGCUGUGAGAUUCGAAGUAAUGUUGAAGUAUCCUCUUGGCAUAAAUUAACGCCAGGAUUACCUUUUCCGUCUUGCUGUACCGUGUCUCGGCAUCCGUCAUCGUUUUGCUUGUGUAAAAGAUUGGGUGCUGAACCUUGCCUCCUUCUUUAAUCAACACUGCGCUUGUUGCUACAGCUGAUACUGCCAAGCACAGGAUGAGAGUGUCUCCGAGCGUUGGAGCAGAAAGGAUUGGGGGUUUUGUCAUGUAGCUUUUCAAUUGAUUGAGAGCUUCCUGCUGCUGAGGUCCCCACAUAUCUUUGUUUUUGGAUCGAAUAGCAUCAAAGAAAGGUUUAUACUUGUCAGAUAAUCGGGAUAUGAACCGGCUGAGAGCAGUAAUUCGGCCGGUUAGAACCUGCACUUCCCUGCGGGUUUUUGGCUCUUGGUUCUGUAUGAGUGCCUUUGCCUGAGCUGGGCUUACUUCUAUUCCUCUUUUAUUUACAAUGUGCCCGAGGAACUGUCCUGACGAGAUGGCGAAGGAGCACUUGGUGGGGUUCAGCUUCAUAUUGUACCUCUUGAGAGUAUCAAAAACAUCCUGGAGGUGCUUCGGGUGGUCCUCUUUCCGUAUACUUUUGACCACCAUAUCGUCGAUAUAGGCUUCAACUGUAUUCCCCAAUAGAUUAUUGAAAAUUUUAUUGACAAGUCGCUGGUAGGUGGCUCCGGCAUUCUUUAGACCGAAGGGCAUCACUCUGUAGCAGUAAGUGCCCGUCUCUGUGAUGAAAGCGGUUUUCUCCUCAUCUUCAGGAUUCGUGGGAAUUUGAUUAUAGCCGGAGUAUGCAUCGAGGAAUGUGAGCCUCUCAUAACCUGUCGUAGCAUCCACCAUUUGAUCAAUCUUGGGCAGAGGGAAGCUAUCUUUUGGGCAAGCUUUGUUAAGGUUGGUAUAAUCUACGCAUACCUCCAUUUCCCAUUCUUCUUUUGAACGACUACUACAUUUGAGAGCCAUUGUGGGUAUUGCACCUCUCGAAUGAAUCCUGCUUGUAAUAGUUUAUUUACUUCCUCGGCUAUUAUGCGAUUCCGUUCAGGUGCAAACCGUCAGUGCCUCUGCUUGACUGGCCUGAAUUCUGGGUUAACCCUCAAACUAUGGCAUGAGACCAUAGGAUCGAUCCCCACCAUGUCCGAGUGAUCCCAGGCAUGAGACCGAGUGAUCCCAGGCAAAGACAUCCGAAUUGUACCGAAUGACCCUGAUCAAUGCUUCCUUCUCUUCGGCUGUGCAAGAUGAGCCAAUGUAGGUGACCUUUUGAGGGUCUCCGAGGACUACCUCUAUAGCUUCGAGGGACUCCUCGGUAGGUGCUUCAGCCUCGGCUUCUUCCUCUGCCUUGAGAUACUUGGGCAGAGGAUACUGUAACUGCUAUUUGAUUGCGCCUUUGGGAUUCGCCUCUAACUGAGGUGAUUUCGACGCCUUCUUUGCUUCAUGUAGCGUUAGCAUGUAACAUUCUUUUGCAGCCACCUGGUCUCCCCAGAGGUCGAUGACUUCCCUGCCAUCUGGGGAUAAACACCUCAUUACUUGAUGAAGGGUAGAGGGGACUCCGUUCAUACGAUGGAUCCAACCUCUCCCCAUAAUGAGGUUAUAAGAUGGAUGAAUCUCCGUCACGACAAAGUUCUCCUUCAGAGUCCUCUUUGCUGCAGUAACGGAUAGAUCGAUCACCCCAAGCGGAUUCACCUUAGUACCAUCAAAUCCCAUUAGGGGGCUGGAAGUUGGCCUGAUGGACGAUGGUGAAACCCCCAACUGAUCAAAAGCUGCUUUUGUAAUGAUGUUGGCGCUACUUCCCGGAUCUAUCAGCACCCUCCUGAUCAUAUAAUUCGCUACCAGGAGGCUAAUGACCAAGGGGUCCUCAUGCGGGCGCUGGACUCUAGACAGAUCAUUGUUACCGAAUUCAAUGUUGAUGCUGCCUGGUGCAACCGUGUUUACCGAAGACAAUCUUCGUAACUUAUGAGCCUCUCUCAGCCUGGAUCUGUACAACUCUUCAGACUCUUCAUCAUCCUCUGACCUUCCGUGUAUAGCAUGGAUAACCUUUACCUGACCGCCCUCUACCCGUCGAGGGUUAACCUCCCGAGGUUUUACGUACUCCUUCGUGGCGAGAUACUCCACCAACUCUCCUCCCGCUAUCAUGCUUUCUACCUGUCGCUGAAGGGACCUGCAGUCAUUGUUGGUGUGCCCAUAGUCUCUAUGGUAGGCACAAUGUUUGUUUUUGUCCCUCUGCUCCAAGGGUUGUUUCAUGGGCUGAGGAGUUGCAAACCUCGUCUUAUUCUCUUGGAAUAGGCGCGCUAAGGUAAUACGGAGAGGGGUAAGCCUGUCCUCUGUCCUUCGCCUCUUCUCAGGCGCUUGGGUGACUUGUGUGGCGGUAUGAGGAACCUUCUGCAUCCUUGUGCUUGCAGCUUUCUCUCGAUACUUGUUUUCCACUGUGACGAGGGUAGCGUGCUGUGCACGGUGGGCUACGUUUUCCUCUAACCGAAUGUAGAUUUGUGCCCUAGCGUUCAAAGUCUGCAUAUCCGGGGGGGAAUAUUUGACCAAGGAUGUGUGAAACUUGGUUCCCUGGAUCAUUGCCAACUUAAAUGUUUCGAUUGCCGUGGCAGGGUGGCAAUCUGCUAUUUCCGAGGCCUCCAUGUUAAACCUGGAUAAGAAAUCUUGCAGAGUUUCUCCCUUCCUUUGCCUUAUGGUGAAAAGGCUGGCGAUACUUUUCUUCUGCUUCUUAUUUCCGCAAUACUGGGCUAAGAACAUAGUGCACAAGGUCUCAUAAUCAGGGAUAGACUUGUGUGGCCUAUUCCUGAACCAUUCUAACGCUGCUCCGGUUAAACUGGUAGGAAAAACCUUACACAUCCACGGAUCGUUAUGAUCGUCCAGUGCCAUCUUUUGUGCAUAAUGAUCGAGAUGCUGAGAGGGGUCUCCUGCCCUAUCGAACUGGGUGAAGGAUGGCAUAGUGAACUUCUUUGGUCUCUCCACAAGGUACACAUCGUCAGUAAAGGGGGUCUUGACCAAGGAGUUAUUGUGCUCUCUAGCCAUCUCGGCUGGUGUCUGAACUCUUAAUAGCUUCUUUUCGUCGAAGGCAUCUUGUACGCGUGCGCCAUCUAGAACGCCAUUGGACCAUACCGUAAGCCUAUGGCUGGACUCGGCCUGUUCGUCCUGUGUGCAGCACGGGAGAUUAUCCGAAGCAACCGCCUCGGACCUCGUCCCUUGCUUUUGCUGAACCUCAUUAGGUCGAGCCCCGUUGGGUGGUGUCCCGUUGGCCGGAGGCUCGUGAACUGGAGGUAAAUUCUGGGUGGGGGGUGGUGCUGCAGCAUCGCCUGGUGGUGGUUGUGGCGUUAGCCUGGCCAUUGCCGUGUGCAGCGUAUGAGUCUGCUGCUGAAGCGCAGCUAUCUGGGCGACACUCGUAUCGUUUGCUUGCCGGAGUGUCUCAAAUUGGUGCAAGAACUCUUCUCGCAUCUUUUGCAUCAAUUCUAUCUGUUGAUUCAUUGCUGACUCUCCGUUUGACAUUCCAGAUACGACUAAGGAUUUGAUUUGAAGAACAAGUGGGAGUAUAUUUUUAUACGAUUCCCACAGACGGUGCCAAAGUGUAGGUGCAAAAUUUCGCUCAACCAAUAAUGAUUAAGAAAAAUAAAACAACUCACUCAAUCAAUAGUAAAAUAAACAAGAACAAUAUAUCUCGAAGCGUAGAAUUGCUUGAUCUCUUUAUUGGAGGUCUUAGCCUCUAUUUAUAUACAAAAGAUUGUAAAAUUAUGGUAGGACUCGCGUUGCUUGCCUUCCAAUUCUUUCUAUAUAAACAUUCUUUACUAAUAGAGUUUUUUCCAUUGUCUAAUUUUCCAUACAUAGAACUUGCCUUGUACAGAACUUCCUAUCUCAGAAUUUUCCUUCUACGGUAAAUCCUUCAACUGGUAGGACUUGUGCAUUCUUGAAUAACUGGGCUGAACAUAUUUUGAUCCGGCUGGGCUUGAGUAACGGAUCGGAUGUUAAAUAUUAAUAAGUAGGGCUGAUGACCUCUUGAUUCGGCCUUGAUGGAGGUUGGAGGACAAAUAACAACGGUCUUGGGCUAUAAAUACCCUCAAUUUGGGCUUGAGCAUGAUGGGCCUUAUAUGUCCUUGGAAUGUAGAUAUGUGUAGUGAUGACGUGUGCGCUUUUUAUUGGAGGGAGUUUUUUUCCCUCCACAGUCACUCUCUCCGUUAGCUUAAACUUUUAAAGAAAUUGGUGACUAACAUGAUGUCAGAUUUAAAAAUUCAUGUAUUGAAACCUUGAUACUUCCCCUCUACUAUAUACUAACAUUCACUUAGACAGCCCACUUGAAUUAGACCAUGGGUAGUAUCGAUAAAGUUAGAUACUAAUGGUAUUACAAUAGGUAAGGUUCUUGGAUCAAAUCUCACUACCUACGAUGUAAUUACAAUAUAUGCAUGUGUUUGGACAAUCAUGAAGUAGAGUUUUGUUAAAUGUGUGAGGGGGCUUAUUGAUAAGUUAUGCCUCUCAGAGCUUAAUAUACAUUGUUGGCCCCAUUCUCUAAUAGCUUUAGCUCUUCUGGUAUAAUUGAUAGUCUAACAUGGUACAAGAGUUUUGGUUCUAGUAGGUCUUGGGUUCAAGUUUGAAUAGAUAUGGUAUUGUUUCCCUGUUUGGUCUGCAAGUUUGCACUUUGUUCUAGUUCCAGUUUUGUUUGUUUGCCUCACCAUGCGUGCACUAGAUGAAUUUAUGUAUUAUUUUAUUUUUCCCGAAAGUUCAGGCAAACACACACACCCACAUGUUGCCCCUAGCAGGGCUCAAACUCUCAACCCCCUUUGGGAAGGAGAGAUCAUACCAUCUGGGAUAAUAUCGAUUGGUCAUGUGUGAGACGAAGUUGCAUGUGAGGAAGUGUGUUGGAGUUUGAUAUACAUUGUUGGGCUCAUUCUCUAACUGUGUAAGCUUUUGAGGAAGUGAGCUUUCAUUCUAGGAGUCUUGUGUUCGAGUCUCUAUGCAAGUUUGUAUUUUGUUCUGAUCUUUAUUUGGUCUAUUUGCCUUUGGAAUUUGAUAUGCAUUGUUGGAUCCAUUCUCUAACAAUUUAAGCAUUUGGGGUAAUUGGUUGUUUAACAUGGUAUCAAAGUUUUGGUUCUUGGGUUCACAUCUCCAUAUAUAUGCAUUUAUUUGUCAGUUUGGUGUGAAAAUUUGCACUUUGUUUUGGUGUUAGUUUGUUCUGUUUGUCUCAACACGUGCAAGACGGUGUUACACGUGAGGGAGGGUGUUAAAGCUUAAUAUACAUUGUUGGACUCAUUAUCAAACACAAGCUUUUCAGGCAAGUGGUAUUGUGAAAAAACCCUAACAAUUUGAGAUAUCGGAGCAGUUGCUUGUUAACAAGAAUACAAAAGAAAAACAUUGCAUACAUUUCUGGUAAAUAAAUUUAACUUUAUAAAAUUAAUUAAGUAAAUAGUUCCUCGUACCAAGAAGAGGGCCCAAGGCCUCAUGUUGUCAUACAGAUGAUACACCUCCCACUGCGCGUGUUGGGAAAAAGGGAAAGGAAAAAGCUUUACCAUAAUUUUGGACAAUAUUAGCAUGUAGUCAGUGACCGAUUUCGUAAACCACUAAAGUGCCAGACAAUCUGAUUUGAAGAUGUAAUCUAUAAAAAGGUCGAGUGGAAAAACAUAGAAACCAAUAAUGUUUAAUAUAUGGUCACCUAAAUCCUUCCAACUAUUACAUGU